AUGGUCUGGACUGCAAACAGAGAGCGUUUAGUGCAAGACAACGCAACCCUUGGACUCACCUCAACUGGGAACCUUGUGUUGAAAGACGCAGAUGGCACUCUGUCUUUCGACCAUCCCACUGAUACGCUCCUGGUAGGCCAGAAAUGGGAGGUGGGACAGAAGAUUUUUGCAAAUAUUUCUCCCACCAAUACAAGUCAAGGGUUUUACUAUGGAUCCUUGAAUGUGGACGGCUUUGCUAUGUAUACGGCCCCUGCGCCCGCUCAAAUGUAUUUUAGGUAUCCAAAGGAACCCACAACGGUUAAAAUUGCUUAUAUGCAGUUGGAUAAUGAGUCGCUCAAUUCCUAUCCUGUAGGGUAUCCAUCGAAUCCGGUUACAGUGGGUCUUUCUGCACCUAAAAAUUGCCUCUAUUAUAAGAUUGAUUCAGAUGGGCAUUUACAGUUUUAUUCUUUCCAGCCAAGAACUGGAAAUUCUGUAACUGACUAUUUGACAAGCUUUACCAGUGCAUUAACUGUCUGUGAGUAUCCAAGAACUUGUGGGGACUAUGGUGUCUGCAACGAUGGUCAGUGCAGCUGUCCUGAAGAGGCCAAUGUUUUUGCUCAGAUUAAUGACUCCAAACCCAGUUCGGGCUGUCUACCACUUAGUCCUCUCGUCUGUCCAGAGACAUCUACAAUUAGUAGCAGUCUACAAGAUUAUGAGUUAGUUGGUUUCAAGUGA